UUGACCAAGAUGGCGCUCUGAGUAGACGUGUUUCUCUGAGCUCCGCAAACCGAACUGUUUUCCAUAUAGUUAAAUUGUGUACAUAACGGACUUUUUGCUGUUAGUUCAUGUACCGCGUUUGUUCGGCUGUGUUCUGGCUACCUUUGCUGGUAAAAUGAAGCCUCAGGAGAAGAGGAAAAGCGGCACUAAAAAAGCGCUUGCUCAAACGUGUUCUACCAAAAUGGCUGAAACGGUUGCUUCCACUGAGCAGUCAGAUUCAAACAACAUGCUCAUUGACAACAUGCAUGACUACCUCGAGUCAGACACGGAGGUACUGAAGGUCUCGUUCGUGGAUGAUUUUCCACCACUUUCCAUUACCCCGGUUAAAUCACCUGCACCUAAAUUGAGACGUGUGGAAGAUUCGACAACUGAUGCAAUUCUCUCCCAGCUUUCCUCCCUCUCUCAACUGAUAAACAGCAGGUCAGAUGCCUUGGAAAAGUUGGUCAGUGACAACUCCGUGGUGAUUGCCGACGUGAAGAUGGCAGUUACAGAAAACACCAAGCAGAUCGCCGGAAUUAAAGAUUCCUUUGAUGCUGUAUGUGCUGAAGUAAAUAGCGUUAAAGAGAGAGUCGACCGCUGUGAAUCGCUGAUUGAGGCUUGCAAAGUUAAUACUGACAAAGCUGAGCAGCGUGUUUCUCAAUUAGAAGCGUACUCCCGACGCUGGAAUCUCAAGCUCUACGGCCUAGAAGAAAACGAUCAGCAGGAUCUGCGACAUGAGUUCAUCCAGAUAUGUCUGCGUCUGCUUCCAGAGGCUAAAACCAAGCUUCCAGAUGCCAUAGACGUUGUUCACCGCCUCGGCCCAAGGAAACCUGGUAACAUUCAACCGAGAGGUGUCAUUGCGCGCUUCUCUUCCAGAUUCUACCGUGAUGCUGUGUGGCGCUCGGCAAAGAACUCCGGCUUCCUGAAGACCAAAAACCUGAAACUGGCGGAGGACUUGUCGGCAGAGGACAGAGAGAAAAGAAAGAAACUGUGGCCCGUUAUUGAUCAGGCUCGGAAAGAUGGCAAGCCAGCUUUUUUCGUGGGUGGUCGUGCUUUUGUGGGUGGAAAGGAAAUUUUCCCACCUUGAGACUUUGUAGAUGAGGUAAUUCUAGUGCAUAGCUUAAGGCUGUCUUUACUUAGGUUCUUUAGGUGAUUUAGUCAGGUUUUAUUACCUACUAUUUAUGUUACUGAAUCAAAGUUUCUCUUUGGAGCAGAGUUUCAAAAAUUGUUCUAACAUGCUUGUUAUUACAUAGCAUGUCACUCUAUAUUCAGCAAUAUAUAUAUUUAUAUAUAUAUAUUUUAUUUCGAUCGAGGGGGUUAAAUAGUUAAUUAAUUUAUAAUUAUUUUUAUAAUCACUAAAUUGUGUGGGAGUAAAAGAAAACAGGUUCCUUUUAGGUUUUCCUUGCAUAGGACCCUUUUCAUAAAAUGUUUACAGUCUGUUUGAUUGUACUGAUAGGAUAUGUUCACAAAUUUCUUAUAAGGUUUGCUGUUCUCAGACCCAUGUUGGCGCUUUUGUAGAGACCUUAUCCUAUUUCUAUUCUUAUACGUUCUACCAUUUUUCUGGUCUAGUUUUUCUUGUAUUUAUUUUUUCUUUUUUCUUAUGUCUUUAUCUAUUAUUUCUUUAAACACAAGAGGUUUAAGAAACCACCUUAAACGAAAGGCUAUAUUUUUAUACUGUAAACAGCUUAAUUCUGAUUUUUGUUUUGUGCAGGAAUCACACUCAAUUGAACAGGAUGCUAACUUUUGGAAAUCACAGUGGGGGGGUGACCUGUGGUUAUCUCAUGGAUCUGAGCGCUCAGCUGGUGUUUGUAUUUUAAAAAACCGCUUUAGUGGAAAAGUUUUAAACUCUGAUUGCGACAAAAGCGGUCAUUACAUAUUUUUAGUUUUAGAAAUUGCUAGCGUAAACUAUAUUAUAGUUAAUGCUUAUGGCUUCAAUUCUCAAACUGAGAACCACAGUUUUUUUGUUAAGUUGGAAGAACGACUCUCUUACUGGUUAUCUAAAUUCCCAAACUCUUCUAUCGUUUUGGGCGGAGAUUUUAAUACUGUGUUAGAUAAUAGCCUGGAUAGGUUGCCUGUAAGGAAUGCGGUCUCCUCUAAUUUGUAUGUGAAGACUCUCUUACAUAGUUUUAAUUUAACUGAUAUUUGGAGAGAUACUCACCCACUACAGAAAUCUUAUACUUGGAGCAAUAAAUCAUUAUCAAGGCAGUCCCGCAUUGAUUUCUGGCUUAUUUCCAAGGAUUUGAAAAAUGUAGCUGCGAACAUCUUACCAGCGCCCCUAUCUGAUCAUAAGACUAUUCAAAUUCUCAUUCCUUCUCUCUCUCCCAGUUCACCAAAAACCUCUUAUUGGAAACUAAAUAGUACUCUCCUUAAACACAAGGAAGUGACUUCUAAAAUUGAGAGUUUUAUUCAGCUUUACUGGGACAAAGCUCAAAGUGAGAAUUGUUUUAGCAUUAAUUGGGAGUUGUUAAAGUAUGAAAUUGCUAAAUUUCUCAGGAAAUAUAGUAGUGAUUUAGCUAAAAAAAGAAGAACAGAAGAAAAUGACACUAUACUUAAAAUUGCUUCUUUAACUUCUAAGCCUUUAGAUAUACUUACUGAGUCAGAACAAUUGGAACUUACUAAUCAGCAUCAUAGGUUGGAUGAGAUAUAUAAAAGAAAGGCGGAAGGUGCUUUUGUUAGAUCUCGCCGUAAGUGGCUCGAAGAGGGUGAGCAGAACUCUGCUUAUUUCUUUAGACUAGAAAAGCAGCAAUCCAAAAAUAACACCAUUCAACAAUUAAGUAUUGAUGGAAUAAUUACUGACGAUUCAAAGAAAAUUGCCAAGUAUUGUGCUAAAUUUUACAGUGAUCUUUACACCUCAAGAUAUUGUCCUGAAGAUGCUACUUGUUUCUUUAAUUCUAUUCCUAAUAUCAAUCAGAUUUCUGAAGCUAACAGUGACUUUUGCGAUGCCUUUAUUUCUUUAAAUGAAAUUACUAGUGCUAUUAAUCAACUAAAAAUUAAUAAAUCGCCCGGAACGGACGGCUUUACUGCCGAAUUUUAUAAACAUUUUUCUCUGAGCCUAGCCCCGUUUUUAAAAGAAGUUUUUGCUGAGAGUGUUUAUAGAGGUUCCUUGCCACCUACAUUAAGUCAGGGUCUAAUUACUCUCAUUCCUAAGCCUAAGAAAGAUUCUCUUCUGUUAGAUAAUUGGCGCCCCAUUUCCUUAUUAAACAGUGACUAUAAGAUUUUUGCUCUGAUACUUGCCAAGAGACUAAAAUCAGUACUAGAUUCUAUUAUUGAUGAGAGCCAAUCUGGGUUCAUGCAAAAUAGGCAUAUUUCAAAUAAUGUGAGAUUGGUUUUAGAUUUAUUAGACUACUCUGAGCUAGUUCAUGAAGACAGUUUUAUUUUUUUCCUAGACUUUUACAAAGCCUUUGAUUCUUUAGAGCAUGAUUUCAUAUUGGAAACCUUAAAAAGGUUUGGUUUUGGUCAGUUCUUCUGCAGAUCGGUCCAAACUUUGUACACUAAUGGAAACAGUUCUAUUAAAUUAAGUAAUGGUACAUCCCCAAGGUUUGAUAUAAAGCGUGGAGUACGGCAAGGGUGUCCUCUUUCUGUUUACCUUUUCCUUCUCGCUGCCCAACUUCUUAAUUUACACAUUAAAAACAGUCCUAUUAAAGGCAUUACUGUGGCAAAUAAUCAUAUUUUAAUCAGUCAGUUGGCGGACGAUACAGCCCUGUUUCUGGCAGAUGCUUCACAGGUUUCAGUUGCGAUUAACCUUAUUCGCUCUUUUUCCGAAGCUUCCGGUCUCACCCUCAAUCUUAGCAAAUGUGAACUGUUACCAGUGAAUAACUGCUCUGCUUCCGUUGUGUGUAAUAUCCCUGUAAGAGAUUCAGUCACAUAUCUUGGUGUUCAUAUCACUAAAGAUAGAAAAGCCAGAGGUAAAUUAAACUUUUCUCCCCUCAUUGAAAAAACUCAAAUGGUUUUCAAUCGAUGGUUACAAAGAGAUCUUUCUUUGAAAGGCAGAGUUCUAAUCACCAAGGCGGAAGGUAUUUCUCGUUUAACCUAUGCUGCUCAGUCAUUACAUGUAGAUAACUCCUUUUGUAAAUCUGUCGAUAAGAUGCUAUUUAAUUUUUUAUGGAAAAAUAAAACUCACUAUAUUCGUAAGUCUGUAGUUCUGAAUUCCUACAACAAAGGGGGCUUAAAUUUCAUUGACUUUAGCUCUCUCAACAACACUUUCAAGAUAAAUUGGAUCAAGCAAUAUCUCAAAAACCCUACUUCCAUCUGGAAUUUUAUUUCUCAUUAUGUCUUUUCACAGUUAGGCGGCCUAAAAUUUAUUCUGCUCUGUAACUAUAAAAUACAAAAACUCCCAGUUAAACUCUCCAAUUUCCACCAACAGGCUCUUUUGGCGUGGGCUUUGCUGUACAAGCAUAACUUCUCUCCACAGAGGUGUUUUAUAUGGAACAAUUCUAAUAUUGUUUAUAAGAACAAGUCGCUUUUUUACGAUAAUUGGUUCAAUAACGGUAUUUUAUUAGUCAGUCAACUCUUUAAUAAGAAUGGUCUACUAUUCAGUUAUUCAGAAUUUCUUGCCAAAUAUAAGAUU